CCGCCUCCUCCCCGCCCUGACUGACAGACUCGGCAACAAGAUACAUGCUCUCGCUGUGUUUCAGCUAGGACUUUUCUUUGUUGCCGAACCCGUCUGUCAGGCAGAGAGAAAGGUGGGCUGAGCCCGAGUGCUUUGUCAGCCAGUCAGAAGAAGAGGGCGAUGAGGAGGGAAGCGAUGUUUCUGGCUCCCGCUCCUCCUCUGUUCUGGAGAGGAGCAACGCUCGUUGCUACGGAAGCCGAGACGAGUCCUCUGAUCUGCAGCCAACAGCAGCGCACCAGCAUAUUCACAAACUACGGGUGUUGACUGUGCCAUUUGAUCAAAAUUAUGGGACUAUUUGACAAGCUGGCUGGCUGGCUUGGCCUGAAGAAGAAAGAAGUUCAUGUUUUGUGCCUUGGUUUGGAUAAUAGUGGCAAAACAACAAUUAUCAAUAAGCUGAAGCCGUCGAAUGCUCAAACUCAAGAUAUUGUUCCAACAAUAGGAUUCAGUAUAGAGAAAUUCAAGACAUCCAGUUUGUCAUUCACUGUGUUUGAUAUGUCGGGUCAAGGUAGAUACAGAAAUCUUUGGGAACACUACUACAAAGAAGGCCAGGCCAUUAUUUUUGUCAUUGAUAGCAGUGACAAACUAAGAAUGGUUGUGGCUAAAGAAGAACUUGAUACCCUCCUGAAUCAUCCAGAUAUUAAACAUCGGCGAAUCCCAAUUUUAUUCUUUGCUAACAAGAUGGACCUCAGGAAUGCUGUGUCAUCAGUAAAAGUCUCUCAGUUGUUGUCCUUAGAGAACAUCAAAGACAAGCCAUGGCAUAUCUGUGCUAGUGAUGCUCUUAAAGGAGAAGGAUUACAGGAAGGUGUAGACUGGCUUCAAGAUCAGAUCCAAGUAAUGAAGACCUGAAAAGUCAAUAAGCUAUGCAACUUUGUAAAAAGAUCAUUUGUAGAUGUAUAUGAUGAGCUGUGAAGAUGAAGACUUUUUUUUAGGUCUAUUUGUUCUUUCUGUUGGCUUUUAUAAAAGCUCAUGUAAAAUAUUUUUUGUAAGAAAACAUCGUAACUCAUACAUACAUUCAUGAAAUUGACCAAAAAUUUUGCUGUGGUUGGACAAUGUUAAAAUCACUGUACAUAAAUCUAAAAAUUCUGGUGUUUUUAUGUAGAAACCCAAGAAGAUAAAUCUUAAAGCUGCAGUAAUGUGAUUCCCUGAUCAUUCCCAGUAGUAUAGAGAGAAACACACAUUGUGUUUCUAAGAGAACUUAUACUUUAGCCAGAAUUUAAUAAUUUUAUCUUGCACAGACACCAGGUAUCCCAUUUAAUUCAUUAAUGCCAUUUCUGAAGAUAUAUCAGUGUUUAUAUAAGCAGUUGUGGAUGUUUGAAUAAUUUGUUAUUGAAUUGUGUUCUGUAACAGAUGAAACAAUCUUUUGAUAAAUAAAAUACUGGAUAUGAUUA